UGUAGUGGAUGACAGAAGAGGAUGCGCCGCAGGUGGUUGCAGAGCGUCGCGACGUCGACACAAACGCAACACAUCUUUACACGACGUCCAGACGUUCACUCCACUUCAUCAUCAUCACCAGCUUCGACAAUUCUAAAGACGAAGGAAAUGCUUCAGCGUACUCUCUCUAUUGUACUUUGGUGCUUGAUAGCAACAAAGACAGCGCAUUCGACCAACAAAAAUGCAUCCGACUAUCAAUACUACAACGUCGGUGUUCUGAUGGCUUCGAGCUUGAAUUCUCCUUUCGAUUUGGAAAGAUGCGGCCCGGCGGUCGACCUGGCUCUGAAUGACAUCAACGAGAGAUUCUUGGAUCGUCACGGCAUCAAACUGAAGAAAGUCCAAGCAAGUUAUCCGUCGUGCAGCGGUGCGAAAGCUCCAGGACACGCGGCUGAUAUGCAUUUUAAGGAUAAUGUGAUUGCAUUCAUCGGCCCUGCUUGCAUGUUCGCGCUGGAACCAGUCGCCAGUCUCGCCGCAUAUUGGAAUACACCGAUAAUCACUGGAAUGGGAGAUCAACCUCCUUCCGAAGGAGAACUGUCCGUCACUUCCGGUAUAUUGGGCAGAUUGCAGAGAUGGAACAAGAACGAUACGACCUCGCAAGGAAUUUUCAAGAACAAGAGUAAAUUCUAUCCGACGUUGACGAGGCUCUCGUACUGCCAGUGUCGCUUGAAAUUAGUCUUCGCCAGUGUAUUCAAGCAGUUCGGUUGGAAACACAUCGCUCUGAUUUUGGAUAGAUCAGAUCUCUUUUCGUUAACUGUCGGAAAAAAUCUGGAGCACGGGCUGAAGCGUGAAGGUCUUCUGGCCUUCGUCAGGGAAUUGGAUGGAAACGAUGAAGAGAUGUACGAUAAUUACCUCAAGGAUGCCAGCAGAUACGCGAGAGUGGUGAUAUUGAGUGUACGCGCGGCUUUAGUGAGGAAGUUCAUGUUGGCCGCCCAUGGUUUAGGCAUGACUAAAGGAGAUUGGGUAUUCAUGGACGUGGAGAUUUUCAAAGGGAAUUAUUGGGGAGACCUGGAUUGGGCGGUCGGCGACAAGAACGACACGGUCGCAAGGAAAGCGUACGAGGCUCUUCUCCGGGUGUCCUUACUUCAGCCGACCAGCGACAAAUUCCAGGAUUUCGCGGAUAAGGUCAAAGAGAGAGCUCAGACUGAUUAUAAUUACACCAUUAGCGAUGGGGAAGAGGUGAACUUCGUGAUUGGCGCAUUCUAUGAUGGUGUUUACUUGCUGGGAAUGGCUCUGAACGAGACGCUUUCUACGGGUGGCAACAUCAGAGACGGCCUGGCCAUUACCAAGAAGAUGUGGGAUCGCGAUUUCCACGGAAUUACCGGUCAUGUCAGGAUCGACGAUAACGGAGACAGAGACGCGGAUUACUCCAUACUCGAUCUGGACCCGAUAACUGGGAAAUUCGAAGUGGUCGCCCAUUACUACGGUCUGCACAAAACGUAUUCGCCGGUUCCCGGCCAGAAGAUUCAUUGGCCCGGAGGACGGGAAGAACCACCGCCGGAUAUUCCCAAGUGCGGAUUUCUGAACGACGAUCCCAAAUGCAUGAACGAUGAAACGUAUUUAAUUAUUAUAUAUGGAAGUGCCGCUUUAGGAUUGGUUUUAGCUUUCACAGCUCUACUUGCUUGUGUCGCCUUAAAGCACAUACGAAUAACAGCGGAUUUAAACAACAUGUCUUGGCGCAUACGACCCGACGAGGUGAUGUUCGAGUUAGGGUUACUUUACGGCUCCAAACUAGGACUUCCGAAGUUACCUGAAUCAAUGAACGUAUCCAGCAGACGACCAUCCGUUUCGUCAAUCAACUCGCUGCAUUCCUCAUCGAAUUUCACCAGGGUCGGAGUCUACAAAGGCACGCGCGUCUCCAUUAAGAAAAUCAUCAAGAAGAAGAUGGACAUUAACAAGAAACUUCUGUGGGAAAUCAAGCAAGUAAGAGAUGUUACACACGAGAAUACCGUUCGCUUCUUGGGUGCGUGCAUCGAGAGUCCGAGCGUUCUCAUCAUCACCGAAUACUGUCCCAAGGGGAGUUUGCGUGAGGUCCUUCAUAACGAUGCAAUCCACCUGGACUGGAACUUCAGGAUGUCGCUGAUCGACGAUAUUGCCAAAGGGAUGAGCUACCUGCACAACAGCGAGGUCUCCGUCCAUGGAAAACUCAGUUCUCACAAUUGCUUAAUCGAUGGCCGCUUCGUAUUGAAGAUCUGCGAUUUUGGCUUGACCACUCUUAUGAUGCCCGCCGACAUCAUUAAGGAUAUCAAUUACUAUCUGAAACUAUUGUGGAUUGCGCCGGAACUGCUCCCACUUACCGUCAUAGCAGGAACGCCGGCAACGCAAAAAGGCGACGUCUACAGUUUCGCUAUCAUCCUCGAGGAGAUCAUUCUGAGAGCCGGUCCAUUCUUCGCCGCAAUGCAAUACAUAGAUGUACACGAAAUUUUAAGCCGCGUCGCUGCCAGAGAAAUUCCCGCCUUCAGACCUGCCGUCGGUGACACCGAUUGUCCCGACAAUCUGAUCCAUCUGAUGGAAUCGUGCUGGGAUGAUAACCCAGAUUGUCGGCCCUCCUUCGAGGUGAUCCGCGGUGCGGUCCGAUCCAUCAUGAAGUACAUGGGUUACUGCGAUAACCUGAUGGACGAUCUCCUCAGACGCAUGGAGCAGUACGCCAACAAUCUAGAAUCGCUUGUCGGGGAGAAAACGAAGGAACUGAGUCAAGAGAAACGUCGCUCGGAAGAACUUUUAUACCAAGUGCUGCCUCGACUUGUAGCGCAACAGCUGAUGGCAGGUGAGAUUGUUCAGCCGGAGCAAUUCGAGUGCGUCACCAUUUACUUCAGCGAUAUCGUCGGAUUCACCGUGCUCUGCGCCCAAAGUUCCCCAAUGCAGGUCGUCGAUUUCUUGAACGAUCUUUACAGCACUUUCGAUAGAAUCAUAGGCUUCUACGACGUCUACAAAGUGGAAACAAUCGGUGAUGCGUACAUGGUCGUCUCCGGACUUCCAGAAAGAAACGGCUAUUAUCACGCUAGAGAGAUAUGCCUAAUGUCUUUAGCAAUGCUCGACGCUGUCCGCUCUUUCACGAUACAGCAUCAACCCGAUUAUCAACUGAAACUACGCAUUGGUAUACAUUCUGGGCCUGUUUGCGCUGGUGUUGUUGGCCAGAAAAUGCCUCAUUACUGCCUUUUCGGCGAUACAGUGAACACAGCUAGCAGAAUGGAAACUUCUGGAGAACCUCUCAAGAUCCACGUCAGCGAAUCUACUAAGCUAAUAUUAGAGAAGUUCGGCACUUUCAAUCUGGAAUUACGAGGAGAGGUCGAGCUAAAAGGUAAAGGAAAACUCGUAACGUACUGGCUUUUGGGCAGCUCGGAUCCGGACGCUAUGCCUCCAACGCCCAGACACAGCACGCCACCGGAUGGACAAGAUAGCAAUUUAUAUCCUUUGGUUUUUAUGGGCAAUUAAUAUGUGUCAACAAUUGUAUAAUUUAAGUACCUGUCCUGAAAAGUAUUAAAUAUUUAUUAUAGAAGUUUUAUGAGUUGUUAUAUUCACAAAUAGAAUACAAUAUUAAAAAUAAUAUAUAAGGAAAAUUAAUGUUAAUGAAUGUAUGUAUGUAUGUUGUAGUUUCCAGCGUUUCUAAACCUUUUUACCUCGCGACCCAACAUAGUUCUUAACCCAAUUGCCAGUUUGACAUAAGGUGACAGACCCAUCAAAAAAAUGUAAGCGAAAAUGUAGUUUAAGAAACGCUGGUAGUAUCUGCGGUAUGAACAUUAGUUAAUAUCUAUAAGAUGUGUUUCUUAAAUUUAUAAGCAAUUUAAAAUAAGAAAAUCGGACAUAUUCAACAU